AGGAUUAUCUUGAAUGGGGAGCCUUAUCUACAUCAGCUGCAUCAGCUGGGACAGUAUAUAAAGAAUGAGAGAUUCAGGCAGGAGAAAAGAACACCAAGACCCACGGUGUUGAAUGAAUCGCUAGCAUUCAGCCACUUUUUGUUUCUCAUACACUAUAUUUUGUAAGAAAUAGAUCACUAAUUGCAUCCACAAUGCAACCAGCAAUGAUGAUGUUCUCCAGCAAAUACUGGGCAAGAAGAGGAUUAUCCUUGGAUUCUGCUAUGUUUGAUGAGCACCAUUUAGGCAACCAAACAUACAAGAGUGUUUUUAGUAAAAUUGAGGAAGCUGGCAAAGUGAAAAGCAAGGCAGCUGAUGUUGAGAAAAUGGCAGUGGUGUUCUCCCUGAAAAACGAAGUCGGUUGCUUGGUAAAAGCCCUCAGAAUCUUUCAGGAAAAGCAUGUCAAUCUUGUUCACAUCGAAUCGAGAAAGUCCAAGCGGAGAAACUCUGAGGUCGAAAUCUACGCUGACUGCGACUGCAGCAAGAAAGAGUUUAACGAGCUGAUCCUGGUUCUGAAACUCCACAGCAGCAGCAUCACUCUGAACCCUCCCGGCAGCAUGUGGACAGAGCAGGAGGAGGAGGGGGGACUGGAUGGUGUUCCUUGGUUCCCCAGAAAGAUCGCAGAGCUGGAUCAGUGCUCCCACAGAGUGCUGAUGUACGGCUCAGAACUGGAUGCUGAUCAUCCUGGGUUUAAAGACAAUGUUUAUCGACAAAGACGAAAAUAUUUUGUGGAUGUUGCCAUGAAUUACAAAUAUGGGCAGCCAAUUCCCCGAAUUGAGUACAUGGAAGAGGAAGUGAAGACCUGGGGCACAGUGUUCAGAGAGUUGAGGAAGCUUUAUCCCACUCACGCCUGCCGGGAAUAUCUCAAGAACCUUCCUUUACUGAUGAAACACUGUGGGUACAGGGAAGACAAUGUACCACAGCUUGAGGAUGUUUCUAAAUUCCUGAAAGAGAGAUCUGGUUUCACAGUCCGGCCUGUGGCAGGAUACCUGUCACCCAGGGAUUUCUUAGCUGGAUUGGCCUACCGAGUGUUCAACUGUACUCAGUACAUACGCCAUAGCACGGACCCCCUCUACACCCCUGAACCGGACACAUGCCACGAGCUGCUGGGACACAUGCCUCUCCUUGCCGAUCCAAAGUUUGCCCAAUUUUCACAGGAGAUCGGACUAGCCUCGCUGGGAGCCACUGAUGAAGAUGUUCAGAAACUAGCAACAUGCUAUUUCUUCACCAUAGAGUUCGGACUUUGCAAACAAGAAGGGCAGCUCCGGGCCUAUGGGGCAGGGCUGCUGUCUUCUAUUGGAGAGCUGAAGCAUGCACUCUCUGAUAAGGCAAGUGUAAAGCCGUUUGACCCUAGAACCACAUGCAAUCAGGAGUGUCUGAUUACAACGUUCCAAGAAGUCUAUUUUGUUUCUGAAAGUUUCGAAGAAGCCAAAGACAAGAUGAGGGAAUUUGCAAAAACAAUCAAACGUCCAUUCUCGGUGUAUUUUAACCCUUACACUCAAAGUGUGGAAAUGUUGAAAGACACCAGAAGCAUUGAGCAUGUUGUCCAGGACUUGAGAAGUGACCUCAACACCGUGUGUGAUGCUUUAAGUAAAAUGAACAAAUACCUAGGAAUUUGAGUGCCAUAGUGUUGUGUGUCUGUCUAUUCAGAUGUAACACUUGUUUAAGAAUAUCAUUCUGAUUCUUUCAAUGUACAUGCUUGCAU